UCGUAGCGCACCGUUAACCGCAGACGCGUCGAAGCAGCCGGGCAAUACGAAAAAUGGCGGCGCUCAGUCCUGAGUUUGGAGAUUUGGUACAAAUUAAAAAGCAGCUUAUUUCUGUCAUAGGCCUUUGCAGAGAACGAGGAUUAGUUCACAGUGCAAAAUGGGCGUCCGAGCUCGCGUUUGCCUUGAACCCGCUGCCAAUGAACGAGAUGCCGACGCCGCCCCCUCUCACCGAGGAAGAUGUACAAGACUUCGAUGCCCUGUGUUUGGCCAAGUCCUAUUUUGACCUUAAAGAGUAUGACCGUGCAGCGUACUUCCUGAGGGGCUGCAGUAGCCAAAAGGGAUACUUCCUUUACAUGUACUCCUGUUACCUGUCUGGGGAGAAGAAGAAGGAUGAUGAGACUGUGGACAGUCUGGGGCCCCUAGAGAAAGGACAGGUGCGGAACGAGGCGCUGCGAGAGCUGAGGGCAGAGCUAAGCAAGAAGCAUCGGGCAGGAGAGCUGGACGGCUUUGCCCUCUAUCUGUACGGCGUGGUGCUGCGGAAGCUGGACCUGCUGAAGGAGGCCGUGGAUGUGUUUGUGGAGGCCAUCCAUGCCCUGCCGCUGCACUGGGGAUCCUGGCUGGAGCUUUGCAAUCUCAUCACCAACAUAGAGAUGCUGAAGUCUCUGUCACUACCAGACUGCUGGAUCAAGGACUUCUUCCUGGCUCACAUGUACACGGAGCUGCAGAUGAUCAAGGAGGCACUGCAGAAGUACCAGAGCCUGAUCGACGUUGGCUUCUCCAAGAGCACCUACAUCAUCUCGCAGAUCGCCGUGGCUUACCACAACAUCCGCGACAUCGAUCAAGCCCUGCUGCUCUUCAACGAGCUGAGGAACCAGGACCCGUAUCGCAUCGAAAACAUGGACACCUUCUCCAACCUUCUCUAUGUCAGGAGCAUGAAGGCUGAGCUGAGCUUCCUGGCCCACGACCUCGCCGAGAUUGACAAGUACAGAGUGGAGACGUGCUGUGUCAUCGGUAACUACUACAGCCUGCGCUCGCAGCACGAGAAGGCGGCACUGUACUUCCAGAGAGCCCUGAAGCUGAACCCCCGCUGUCUGGGCGCCUGGACGCUGAUGGGCCACGAGUACAUGGAGAUGAAGAACACCUCGGCAGCCAUUCAGGCGUACCGGCACGCCAUAGAAGUGAACAAGCGAGACUACCGAGCAUGGUACGGGCUCGGCCAGACCUACGAGAUCCUCAAAUUGCACUUCUACUGUCUCUACUACUACCGCAGAGCCCACCAGCUGAGACCCAACGAUUCUCGCAUGCUUGUCGCUUUGGGCGAGUGCUACGAGAAGCUGUCCCAGCUGGUGGAAGCCAAGAAGUGCUACUGGAGAGCGUACUCUGUUGGGGACGUGGAGAGGAUGGCACUGCUCAAACUGGCCAAACUCCACGAGCAGCUGAACGAGUCGGAUGAUGCCGCCCAGUGUUACAUUAUUUACAUCCAGGACGUCUAUUCCUGCGCGGAGCCCUUGGAGCACGUGGAGGUGAGCACCGCGCUCCGGUACCUGGGCCAGUACUACUUCAAAAACAAACGAUACGAUGAGGCGGCGCUCUGCGCUCAGCGGUGCUGUGACUCCAAUGACGCUCGGGAAGAAGGCAAAGCCCUUUUGCGACAGAUCUCCCAAGUCCGAGAACAGGGGGAGGCAGCCUCAGCCGACGUGUCCCAUCCCUGUGUCUUUGGACCCCUCUCCAACAAUAACACCCCAGUCCGGAGAGUGUCCCCGCUUGACCUCUCCUCUGUCACCCCCUAACAUGUACACCAAUGCCAAAGCGCCUGAAUCAGCUUCUGUCCCGUUCCUCUUCACUCUGUGGUUUUUCUGAACACCGGACUGAGAAGCCACCGAUUAAACACCUACUAGGACGGCUUCAAGAGUGAAUUCUGUUGCGCUCUCGCUUCUCUGGCACGUCCCUGGAUUUUCUUGCAUGCCAAAUGCGAUGCAGCUCUUCUUCAGGUAUGGAUAGGGGCAGAAGAUGGGUUUAGUGUGUGUGUGUGCGCAUUUUAGCUGUAUGUGUGUGUUGCUGGCGUGCGGUGUGAGCAGAAUGCAGGCAUGGAGAUGCGUAUGUUCUUGAUGUCAGAGUUCAGUGUUUCCAUCAGAUUCUUCUCGUCUGUUUCCUACAUGUAAAUAUGUCUUUUUUUUUUUUUUUUUUGCAUGUGCUCAUGGAGCAAAUGGAAAAGAGGAUGGAUUUGGAAAAAAAGUUCAUAGUUAUUAAAAAUUAUCUUUAUAAGGAAA